GCGGAAUUUAAGGGUGAAUCUAUCCACAGCCCUCUUUCUACUAAAUAAAGCCCCAAUUUUUCUAUAGUACCUUUUAUACCCUUAACAAUAUGUAACAUGACACAACCCCAGACAAAUGUAUCACGAAGAAAAAGGAAACAACAACACGAUGUAUAUCAGUCCCAGCUUCCUAACCCUUCUCGCCCAGAUAAAAUUGGUAAGCUAAAUUCUUGUUGCAAUGAGCUCAUUGACGGAAGUUUAAGAAUUUUUAUCAUCUUUAGUUCUCUACCCACCGGAAGUUCUCGCCCAGAUGAAAUUUGUAAUCUUCAAAGUUAUUUUUGUCUUCUAGUCAGUGGUGCUUAUUAUCCUCCAAAAGCAAUAAAUGAGAGCAUAAAGAUGCGUGUACUAACAAAUAGGGUACUGGAUCAAACCUUAUGCAUAGGGUCAAACAAUAAUAAAUUAACAAAGCAGAGCACUAGAAGAAAGUAUAUAGGUAAAAGAGGAUUGAAGCUCUCUCGAUGUGUGCUUCCAUCUAAUAGCUCGAAUCUUUGGCCUGUUAGUGCGAAAUGAAUUGCAGAGUUUGGUCAUUGGUGCCGGGUAAAUACGAUAAGUUUAUACUCGCUCCGGCCAUAAAAAACAGACUGUGAAUGUGCGUCGACAGUCCUUUGAUAAAGAAGAUGAAAAUAAUGAAGAGUUGGAAUGAUUAAUUUCACCAUCAGAAAAGCUUCCUGUCGGCAGUGCAAAUUCUUUGCUAGUUAUGAUCGACAAUAGACCGGUACUGCUGAUCCGGAAAGACUUGCAUUGGCUGAAGGAAACAGAUAGAUGGAACCGUGCAAAAGAAAUAGGAAAGAUGGAGAGAAAGGAGAAUUAUAGAAGGCUAAGAGAUCGGUGAUAUAAUGCGAUGCUCUGGCGGCGUACUAGAUCGACGAGUUUUGCCUCGGCAAUCCCAGAUCGAUGAAGGAGGCGUCGGUAUCAAGAUGGUCUAGCUUCUAGUCUCUUCUGCGGCCAGGUCUUUUCGUGAUUUCAUUUUUCUUCGUAAUUUUGAUCGGUUAUUCACUUUUCCGGGCGGCUCUGUCCCGUGCAUUGAUUGAUCGGUUGUUCGUUUUCUCCGGGCGUUUGUUCUGAGGCUUUUUUUUCCGGCUCGAUUUGGCCGAGAUUGGUUUCUGUGCAUUGCUUCGUGUUCUGGACCAUCGGUUUGGCCGAGAUUGGUUAUUGAGAUUUGGCCGAGAUUGCUUUGCUUCAUGUUCUGAAUAAACAGUUUGGAAUCUUCAUUUUUGCGGUUUGCGGUGCUUUGGUUUCAAGUUCUCAUUAUUUCCUCAUCUGUUUGAGUCGGUGAUUUUUUAUUUUUGUUGCAAUGGAUAUGUUGUUUAAGACUGUUAACAUGUUAUCUAUUGCUGAAGAAAAGGGGCUGGUGAUUGUGGCUGACCCAGGCGAGGUGGGGACACAGGCGAGCAUGGAUGUUGAUGGAACGUCAUCAAAAAACUUGGAAGUGGCGGUGCUGCCCGGACAGCACCGCCAGUAGCAGGAAAGGGUGAGGUUAUGAAGAUUGUUCCUUUUGCAGAGGCUGCUCAAACCACUACUCCCUUGCCAGUGGCUGGUCAAACUGGAUUAUGUUUCUUUUCUGUUUUUUCAUCAGUUCUGAACUCUGUUUUGUUUUUUCAUUCUCCUUCUAGUAGCAUGUGCAGAAUUGCUGUGUAUGGAGUCUACCAAACUGCGGGGUUAGCGAGAUGGUCCGCUAAUAAGCGCGAAUCCAGCUCUGAGUCUCACCCCAGUGUAGCCUUUGUUAUGGCGAAUUUGAAUCUGGUCCUCAGUUUUAUUAAUAAUUAAGUUAUUU